AUGUUUCAAAAAAUUGUCUUUGGGCUCGCUCAAGCGUCAGCAAGGUCCAAAGGCCAAGCUCUGCGCUACAAUCAGCCUGACCGAUCAGAGGAGGAAAAAAAAGAGCAUAGUAAAUCUCUUCGCCGCCAAAGGUCGAAACACCACUUACACAGUGCCACGCAUUCUUUCGCCUCAAUCGACGACAUUUCUAAAGAGUUUGACAUCGAUGGCAGUCACGAUCAUUCUCUCAAUGCUACAGCAGGCUGUCACUUUGAGGAAACCUUUGAGGACAUCAAGAUAUUUCUAGAUGAGGGUAUACAAGACACGCCAAUUGCAAUUCAUAGGGGUGACUCGGAACCAAACAUAGAUAGCUACGUUCAUGUCAACAACAGCAUGGAUUUGGAUUCAGACCUCUAUGCCGACGAGAUGACUGCACAGCCAAGGGGGCUGCACCAGCUCACAGCUGAAGAUGCUACGCUCCAGCGAGUACUGAUCGCGCUAAACUUGAGUAUUGAAUCACGCCCUUGGGGGUACAUAUACUCUUAUCUCUUCUUCCGUGGUCGUCCAUGUGAUGAGUUCGCUAUGAUAGGUGCGGGGUCUGACAUGCCACCCAAUAUACGAGAGCUCACUGCCCAAUUCCGCUCAACUGUCAAGGCAAAUCCCAGAAUCUCCAGUUCGCCAGCCGAAUUGGCAAAUUUCGACUGGCAACUCCGAAGCCUUUGGGCUACAGCAAGAGACCUCUAUUACGGUGAAUCAUCCAGUAAUUAUGUCCCUACUCACAUCCCGCAUGUAGAUUCGGGAUUCUCAAAGUUGGCUGAAUAUAUCGCUCAGCUUCAGUACGGCUCCCCAACGUUAUACUCUCAUUGUAAUUACUGUGUGAAAUCCCUCUUUCCCCCAAAUGUAUCUUGGGAGGAGGGCUUGGUGGAGCUGCAAGAUCCAUACGGCAUUAAUUCAGGGCAUACAGGGUCUCGUUUCACUUUCAGUAAAUGGCUGCGAGAUAUGAGCACAAAUGGAUCAAUUAUGAGUGAAGGAACGGGAUGA